CUUAGGUGGGAAGAUCUUGACCCUCCAUAAAUCUCUAGUGGCGCCUGGCGGGAACUCGGAGAUCAAUAUGGCGGGAAUCCUUCACCUUUAUAAAUACCUAAUUUGCAACUAAAAUUUUCCCUUUGCGUUGUUUUGUCUAUUGCCUUUGCUUGUAAAAGUUGUGUAAGAAUCUUCAGCUUCGCCGUAUGGGUAAGGGAAAAAAGACGGCUAGGGUUCCUGAAGACGACGUAGAAAUGAAGGAAAAUCAAGAGAAUUUCAACGCUUCUUCUUCCCAUGAGAAAAGCCUUUACGAGAUUCUCGGGGUCGAAAGAACAGCAUCCCAACAGGAAAUAAAGAAGGCUUAUUACAAGUUGGCUCUGCGGCUUCAUCCUGAUAAGAAUCCGGAUGAUGAGGAAGCAAAAGAGAAAUUUCAGCAGUUGCAAAAGGUGAUAGCAAUUCUUGGUGAUGAGGAGAAACGAGCACUUUAUGAUCAGACUGGCUGUGUGGAUGACGAUGACCUAGCAGGAGAUGUCGAAAACUUGAAGGAGUUUUUCCGAGCUAUGCAUCCAAAGAUUACCGAGGCUGAUAUUGAAAAGUUUGAAGCAAAUUAUAGAGGAUCCGAGUCGGAGAGGACAGACUUGAUUGAUCUGUACAAGAAGUACAAGGGUAAAAUGAAGAGGCUCUUCUGCUCCAUGAUUUGCUCUGAUCUCAAACUAGAUUCACAUCGCUUCAAAGAUAUUCUGGAUGAGGCUAUAGCAGCAGGGGAGAUAAAGUCAACCAACGCAUAUGAGAAAUGGGCAAAGGAAGUGUCUGAAACAAAACCGCCUACAAACCCGUUGAGACGUAGGCAAAAAUCAAAGAAAGAACCAGAGGAUUUGUAUGCUAUUAUUUCUCAGCGGCAAAAUGAGCGGAGAGGCAAAAUGAAUUCUAUGUUCUCAUCUUUGGUUAGCAAAUACGGUGGGGAUCCAUCUGUGACAGAGCCAAGCGAGGAAGAAUUUGAAGCUGCUCGAAGAAAACUGGAGAGUAGGAAGCAAUCUAAGCAUAAGUAAAUGUAAUAUAAUGCAACCUACACCAUGCUGCAAAAAGUUGUUUAUGCUGUUUGCUUGUGCUUGUGCUUGUGCUUGACCAUCAUGUAUGAGGUUGUGCAUCUUGAUGCAAGGAUUUGAAACACUAUCAUUUCUUGAUGUAAAUUUGUGAAAGAACGAUAGUAAGUCGUGCAUCCUUUGUUUGUUUCAACUCCAUUAUGUCUUAAAUUUUACUGUGUUAAUGUGACUGGUAACCUGCAUUACCUUCUCUA